CAAACAGCAUCAAGGAGCAGGUCUCAUUACAUUUCUUAACAUUCAACAAAGAGCAGGUCUCUUUGCAUUCUCCUUUUCAGCAGCAUCAUCCACAACAACCAGUCAUGAAGGUCACAUCCCUUGUCGCAGCCGCCGCUUUUCUCGCGGGUGCUUCUGCUACAGCAGAGGCUGAAGACAAGCGCGCAGUUUACGGAGUCUGUGCAGUUGGAUUCGGAGGACCUUGCAAUGGAGAUAACGAUCCAGGAAACUUCAACUGGCCAGGAAACUUCCGUACACUCCAAUCUCAGAGAGAAAACAAGAAGGCUAGGCGAGAGGAAGUCUCCAAGGUCGCCAAGCGCCAGGCAGGAAUUUGCGCAGUUGGUGCUGGAGGACCUUGCAAUGGCGAAGACGAUCCUGGAAACUUCGGCUCUGGACGAUUCAGAUUGCCAGGAACGCGCUUCCCAAACGUUGAUAUCGACAGGGAGAUUGCUCGACGUCAAUACCUGCCAGACCAAAGGAUUGGAGCCGGGCUUCCCGCAUGGUUUUGGGAUGAGGCGGCGAAGGAUCUUCAGGGAAAGGCAAAACGUGAUGCACAACUGUGCGCCAUCGGGUACGGAGGAUCCUGCAAUGGCGGUGCUCCCGCCUGGAGGGGUCUUCUGCCAGUUGCUCGACCAGGUGGAGAACUUGCUCAGCGAGAUGUGGAUUCGACAUUCGCCAAACGUGCUUGCGCAGCCGGCUACGAGGGGUAUUGCAAUGAUGCCUUCAUUGCGCCACAGUUUCGAUCAUAUGGACGACUUGCUCAGCGCGAUGUAGGCUCGACGUUCGCCAAACGUGCUUGCGCAGCCGGAUACGAGGGAUUCUGCAACGAUGCCUUUCUCGCCCCACCACAAGGAUUUGAUGAAGAACUUUUGCGGAACAGUGCUCGCCCAGUACAAAUCGCAUCGAAACGCCAAGUCUACGCAGGCGGGAGUAAGGAAUGGGCCGAGCGACAGGCGCAGGUACAGGAGCUCUACCGCCUGGCGAGCGGGCGGCAAUAGCAGAACUGGAAUGUCGACAUACGCUGAGUGGGGGCGAUUUUGGCCUCACUGAAGGUUCGAUCCCAAUGUGAUCUGCGCAGGCGGUUGUAGAUGGAGCGGGGAAGAGGCGAAGAGACGACAGGUCUCCAUCCACAUGCACGCUAAACAGCAGUAAUGCAUCGGAUGCAGUAGUGCAUGACUUAUCAGAACGGUAGACUGCCUUGUGUAAGACUUCGCACGGAAGACUCGGAUCAAAGGCAGUAGGCGCGGGCGUCUUGGGCAUGGGUAGUGACUUCAUUGCAUGAACGGAGUCGGAUCUUUGUUAUACGCUGUAGCUUCGGCAACAAUUUAUUGGCUUCGAG